AUGGGAGUGGAAAUGACAGAACCUAAGUCUUAUGAAGAAGCUAUGACUGAUAAAGAUGCCAAGAAAUGGUCCAAGGCAAUGGACACAGAGAUGGAAUCUCUGAGAAAGAACAGAACCUGGAUACUAGUGAAGAAACCUAAAGGAAAGAGCAUAGUGUCAUGCAAGUGGCUUUUCAAACACAAAGAAGGACACACUGAGACAGAUCCUAAGAAGUUUAAGGCAAGACUAGUGGCUAAGGGAUUUACACAGAAAGAAGGGAUAGACUUUAAUGAGAUAUUCUCACCUGUGGCUAAGUAUAAAACCAUCAGAAUUAUACUUACCAUAGCUACUCAAUUUGACUCUGGGAAGUUGAUCAAAUGGAUGUAA